AUGGGUAGAUCUCUUUGGGUCAUCGCGGCUUUCCUUCGUGCGAUUCUCGCAGCAGACAUCUAUGUCUCGCCAGACGGCUCGGACGAUGCCGCAGGCACAGUCGACGCACCAUUCCAGUCCAUCCAAUUCGCCGUCGACGAAGCAACAAACGGUUCAACCAUCUAUUUGCGCGCCGGGACAUACACACCGACAACUAAUAUCCAGAUUUCGAAGAGCGGCACGUCGUCCGCGCCGUUUGUUUUGCGGGCGUAUGAAGGAGAGGCGGUUAUCAUUGAUGGCGAGGAGCUACCUGGAACCCCCGCCGAGGUAGACGGAUCCCUCGAUAACGCAGACCGGGGUAUCUUGCACAUCCAGGAUGCUGAGUACUGGGAGUUCUAUGACCUGGAGCUGAUCAAUGGGCCGUAUGGUGUUUAUGCGCGCGAUGCGUCGAACAACCACUAUGAACGCAUUGUUACGCGGGAUAACUAUGAGACGGGCUUCCAACUCGAGGGAGAUUCGGCGAAUAAUGUCGUUUUGUACCUCGAUUCGUACGGUAACAGGGACCCGCGCAAGAAUGGCGAGAGCGCCGAUGGGUUCGCCUGUAAGGAGGGAUCCGGCGAGGGUAAUGUCCUCCGGGGAGCACGACUCUGGAAUAACGUUGACGAUGGCUUGGAUCUAUGGGAAUUCAAGUCCGCGGUGACUAUCGAAGACACAAUUUCCUGGGGAAACGGCUUUAACCGAUGGGACUUUAGCCCCUUCGAAGGUGACGGCAACGGCUUCAAGCUCGGCGGCGGCGACGAUGCAGACAUUGGUCCCGCAAACCACGUUAUAACAAACUCCAUCGCCUUCGGCAACAGCCACGACGGAUUCACAGAUAACUCGCAGCCGGGGAACUUCGAGCUGAGCCGUAACACGGCGUGGAAUAACUCUGCUAUCGGGUUUAGGUUCGGCACCGCGGUGGCUACACUUACCGGGAAUAUUGCUGCGUCGAAUGGCGAGAAGCCAACCUCACUGAGCGAGGAGCAGGUCUCGGAAGGAAACUCGUGGGAUGGGGAUGGGGAUUGGGAUGAUAGUAGCUUUGUGAGUGUUGACGUUGAGUUAGUGCAGGGUCAGAGGAAUGCGGACGGAACGAUUGAGGGAAGUGAUUUCCUUUUGCCGAGUAAUGGAGACGAGAUCGGGGCGACGACGGAUUGGAGUGCAUGA